GAGCUGUAGCCGCCACGUUUGUAGCGCCGCUAGACGUGGUCAAAACCCGUCUACAAGUGCUGGGUGCUCCUCAAGCCUCCACGUCAGCAGCAGGGGGAGCAGCAGCAGCGGGGGCAGCAGCAGCGCCGUCAAUAUCAAGAGGGGGAGCAGCAGCAUCAUCCGCCUCCCCACCUCCGUUUGCUAGGAUAGCCACUGUGCUCGCCACUCCCCCAUCCGCAUCCGCAGCUGCCGCGGCAGCAGAAGCAGCGCGGGGGGCGGGAGGAUCAGGGGGAUUAGGAGCAGCAGGGGGAGCUGGGGGAGCAGCAGUGGGGGGAACAGGCGCGGGGGCAAAGGUAGCAGCGGCGGGGCGGUGGCGCAUGGGCGUGAUAGCGGGGUCGUUGCAGACCAUCUGGCGCACGGAGGGCCUGAGGGGGCUCUAUAGGGGGCUCUCCCCGACCAUGGUGGCUCUGCUUCCUAACUGGGCGGUGUACUUUUCAGUGUACGACCAUUUAAAGCGGAUGCUAAGCGAGCCAAGUCAUCCAGGCGCAGUUCCCAGCAGCCGCGAAGAAUCACCACAGCAGGGUUCAGAGCAGCAGGAGCAGCAGGAGGAGGGGCGUCAUCAGGCCCGGCCACAGCAGCAGCAGUUGUCGCUGGGUCGGAGUGUGCUGGCAGCAGCAGGAGCAGGCACAGCAACAGUCCUCGCCACCAACCCCCUGUGGGUCGUCAAGACGAGGCUGCAGACUCAAGCCAUGCGGACCAACAGACGGCCCUACAAGGGAACGUUUUCAGCCCUUGUGCGGAUCACCAGAGAGGAAGGGCUGGGGGGAUUGUACAGUGGGGUGGUGCCGGCACUAGCAGGCAUAAGCCACGUGGCGAUCCAGUUCCCCAUGUACGAGUAUAUCAAGCAGCAGAUGGCGUGUAGAGAAGGAUCAACCACUGACACUCUCACGGCCCCCCAGCUAGCAGCAGCCUCUGCCAUCUCUAAAGUCUUUGCCUCAACACUCACGUACCCGCAUGAGGUGGUGAGGGCACGGCUUCAGGAGCAGGGGAAGGACCUGGGGAAUGCACACCGUUACACUGGCGUGGGGGACUGUAUAACGCGGAUAUUCAAAGAGGAAGGCAUUCGCGGGUUUUAUCGGGGUUGUGUGACAAACCUCUUUAGAACCACACCUGCUGCAGUCAUCACCUUCACCUCAUUCGAGCUCCUCAUUCGAACCCUGCCCACCGUCUUCCCUCCUGCGUCAUCGAAUGAUGAGGACUCCUCCGCAGCUCUCUUCUCGCUCCCCGCGUCUCCCGCCGGCCGCUCCUACCCCGCAUCCCAUCUGCGAUCCGCAACAGACGGGUCCCACGCGCAUUUCGAAGCGCUGGUGCCGUCGAGGGUCGGAAACGAAAACACGACGGCCAUUAAUAACACUGCGACUCAAAACCCGACAGAAUCUCCGUUUCACGUCUUUCGCGCUCCGUUCGCCAUAGACCUCAUCGAGAUCCCCGAGAAACGCGUUCCGGAGAUUCUGGAUCUUGAGCUUGUGGACACGUCAGACCCUACGGAUGCUGACGCGGGAGAUGCCGCAUGGCUGGAGGCCGCGAUAAGAGCAGACGCGCUAUAUUUAGAAGAUACGGCGGUGAGGAGCAAGAAAGGCAUGGCCCUUGCCACGAGUACGUUACCGGAUCAUUCCAUCUUCACGAAGAACGAAGUGGAGGGGAUGGAGGAGGGGGAGGGGGAGGAGGAGGAGGGGGAGGGGGAGGAGGCGGAGGGGGAGGGGGAGGAGGCGGAGAAGGGAGGCAACGGGGAGCUUGCAGUCCCGCUGCAUGUGUUUCGAGCAGCUGAUGGUUCUUUGCAGGAGGAACCUGAAAUCGGCGACAACGACCAGAUGGUGUUCGGCAGUCUAGACGCGCCGUACUACGAGGAAGUGGCUGUGCGGACACGUGCAGCACACGCGCAGCCACGUGCACCACGGGUUGGGCCACGAAGCCAGGGGGUAGAAGAAGAGACAGGGGAGGAAGACGAGGAAGAGGAGGAGGAGGAGGAGCAAGAGCACGUGCGACCCGUACACGUGUUUUGGGGAGAGGAUGGGGCUCUACAAGAAGAGGAAGAAGAUAUCACUGUUAGCCGUUUGUCACGAUACGAUGGUUCACGAUAUGAUGGUGGAGGUGAGGACGAUGAUGAGGUGGCAGGCUUGGGAAAUGUGGACUGGAGAGAGGCAGCGGUUGAUGCGGCGGCGGAAGCGGAGCUGGAAUAUGAGUUGGACUUCGCGGUUCCUCCUUGGCCCUUCCCUCCUUUUCCCCUGCUGCUACUCCCGAGCCUUGAUGCUGCUGGUGCUGCUGCUGGUGCUGUCGCCUCCUUCUCUCCCUCCCCUCCAUUCUCCUCUACCUCCCCUCCCUUCUUCUCUCCCUCCCCGCACUUUUUCUCUCCCUCUCCUUCCUUCUUCUCUCCCUCCCCUCCCUUCUUCUCUUCCUUCUUUUCUCCCUCCCCUCCCUUCUUCUCUUCCUUCUUCUCUCCCUCCCCUCCCUUCCUCUCGCCCUCUGCUGCUGCUGCCACUGCAGCUGGCUCAACAGGGAGUUGUGGGGUCUUGGCUGGUGCUUUUGCUGCUGCUGCUGCCGGUGCAGCUGCUGCUGCAACCCCUCCCUCCACCCCUUUGCUCUGCACACUUGCUCCAUUGGGAGUGGCUGUUGCUCCCUCCCCACCCUUCCCUUCCCCCUCCCCUCCCUUUCUCUCUCCAUCCUCUCCCUUUUUCUCUCCCUCCUCUCCCCUUUUCCAUCCCUCCUCUCCCUUUUUCUCUCCCUCCUCUCCCUUUUUCUCUCCCUCCACUCCCUUUUCUCCUCCCUCCUCUCCCUUUUUCUCUCCCUCCUCUCCUUUGUUCUCUCCCUCUCCCUUUUUCUCUCCCUCCCUUUCCUUUUUCUCUCCCUCCUCUCCCUUUUUCUCUCCCUCCACUCCCUUUUUAUCCCCCUCCCGUCCAUUCCUCUCCCCUUCCCCUCCCGUCCUCUCUCCCUCCCCUCCCUCCAUCACUUUGCUCUGCACACUUGUUCCCCUGGUACCGGGUGUUGCUGGUGUAUCAACGGAUUGCUUUGCUGCCGAUGUAACUAUGGGUGUCACUGUGAGCGUCACUGCGGGUGUCACUGUGGGAGCUACUGUGUCUGUGGGUGUCAAUGUGGGUGUCACCGUGGGCGCAACUGUGGGUAUCACUUGGGUGCGGGUGUGA